AAAUUGAUGAAAUGCUAAAACCAUUUAAUGUGUAUUUGAUUGUUGAUGAGGCCCAUUCUGUUGGUGCGUAUGGUAACAAAGGAAAAGGAAUCGUAUGUGAGUUAGGUUUGGAACAUCGGGUAUUUGCACGAAUACUUACCUUCAACAAAGCUAUUGCUAGUAGUGGAG